UGUACGCGACAGAUGGCAGCACGUGUUUUAUGACCUUUACCUUGCACUUCCGGGUCAAACUUUGACAUCAUCAACAGAAAACACGAAAGUCUGCAACUAUGUCUUACGCUUAUUUAUUUAAAUAUAUUAUCAUUGGAGAUACAGGUGUUGGCAAAUCAUGUUUGCUCCUCCAAUUUACGGACAAAAGAUUUCAGCCAGUUCAUGAUUUGACUAUUGGGGUGGAGUUUGGUGCUCGUAUGAUCUCCAUAGAUGGCAAACAAAUCAAACUUCAGAUAUGGGACACUGCUGGGCAGGAAUCGUUUCGAUCGAUAACGCGAUCCUACUACAGAGGUGCUGCGGGUGCCUUGUUGGUGUACGAUAUAACUAGGCGUGACACAUUUAACCACCUGACCACAUGGCUGGAGGAUGCCAGACAACAUUCCAACUCAAAUAUGGUCAUUAUGUUGAUAGGAAACAAGAGUGACCUUGAAGCUCGCCGAGAUGUAAAGAAGGAAGAGGGUGAGGCUUUCGCACGGGAACAUGGACUCAUCUUCAUGGAGACCUCGGCUAAAACUGCAGCAAAUGUGGAAGAGGCAUUUAUAAACACUGCAAAAGAAAUUUACCAAAAGAUACAAGAUGGAGUUUUUGAUAUUAAUAAUGAGGCAAAUGGGAUCAAGAUUGGACCCCAGCACUCAACAAGCAAUCCCAGCAUGCCUUCAGGGGGAGGAAAUGCAGGGCCCAGUGGCAACUGCUGCUAGGCAACACAUCCAUUUGUGUUCCUUGGAUAUACAACCAUCUUGUCAUCAUUUCACAAAGAUUGGAGAUAGAGAGAGACCAUGCAUGACAUCUUUUACCUUGGAAAAGAAAAUGAAUUACUGUUUAUGAAUUUAGAAUUUCAUUUAUUUAUUCUUGAGGGCAUGAGAACAAUAAAACAAACUGAAACCAAACACAAAAAGGCCUACUAAAUUCACUUAGAAUCUGAGUUUGCAAGAUAAGUGUUUUACUAGUGCAGGGCUUGCAGACUUGUGCUUAUUUGGACCAUUGUAAGUGACUGUAUCUUUAACAUCACUGGAACAAGAAUGUACAUGUAAUUACUAUAUAGCCAAACUUGAUACCCUGACCGUCUUGUGAGAUUAUAGUAACAUUUAAGGAAGACUCCAUUCACCUUGGAACGUCAAUUAUGCUUGUUUCUCAUAUUACACUGUACAGUAACAUGUACGAUAUAGACAUUUUGUGAUAUGUGUCUGCAAAUUCCAGUCAGAAUUCCAAGAAGGGAAUAACAUCCAUGAAAAUUGCAAACAAAAUAUGCCUCAUUACAUGUAACAAUCUGAUGUUGUUUCUGGUUCUGAAUGAUAAAUAUACAUGUAUACAUUUUACAUUAAGUUAAACGAUUUCCUUAACUGUUUUAUUCCUCUUGUAGAAAGAGUAAUGUUUAGUGUAUAUUCUGCAUUUAAUAUAUGGAAACUGAACUUUUUAUAAAUUAAUUUUUCUUUUUUUAAUGAUGAGCUUUUUCGAGAAAUAUGCUAUUAUAAAUUCAAAAGUUGACUCAGUUCGCACUUUCUUUUAAUGCUUUUUUAUACAGCACUGUCACAUAAUGACUAUUGUAAAGACAAUUUAUUGGUUACUUCUUUAAUAAAUAAAUAAACAUAUAUACAUAUGCUUACAGCAAAUGAUGAUUUAACUUUUUUGCUCUAAACAGGCAGAAUUCUAACUUUUUUGGAAAACUAAAAGGGCCUUAUUUAAAAUUUCUUGUAGACAAGAUUUUGAUUUUAUAAAAAAAAAUGCUACAUUUUAUUUAGCCUUCUUAAAGUGCACCCGAAAUCUUGUGAAUUUUGGAAAGGUGUGGAUCUGAUGUGAAGUUUGAGUAAUGGGUAUUUUGUUUGUUGUUUUCUUUACUUUAUUUUCAUGUAUUUCAGUUGUAUAAAUUGUUAACAUUCGCUGGUACAUGAAAGAUAGAAAUGUUGUGCUUAUUAUCGUAUAAUAUUUAUAUAUAUUUUCUGUUAGGGCUAUUCUAUUUAAAUAUACAUGUAAUAAUCUGCCCCGGGAAUGCGCUUUCAAAUUAGACCAUCCAACUUUUGAAAUACUUAACAUACAAGAAGCAAUAAGCAAACUGGAACAUUCCGGAUAUAUUUAUUUUAAAUUCCAAGGGUGGUUUGUAUGUAAAAUAGAAUUGCCCAUAGUAUGGAAUUGAAGACUAAAUCUUUGAAAAGCUACAAAAAUAACUUCUGUGCUUGUGUAAGUUUAUGUUGUAAUUUUUGUUGUAAAAUACAGAAUGACGUGAAGAACAAAUGAACUGUAAAAGUUUAGCCAGGCUCAGGCAGACUGUGUUAAGUUUGAAAUGCUAAAGCAAAAAUAGUGUCAUGAUUUAAAUGUAAAAGACGAUUUUGUAAUGGUACUUUGUCAUGUCAAAACAAAGCCAUGGUAAUGCUGUCCUGUUGAAUCAAUACUUUAUCAACUUUGCUAUGUUAACACAGGACAAUGUAAUGUUUAAGCAAGACUAUGUUAACUUGUCAUGUUUAAGCAAGACUUUGUUAACUCGUCAUGUUAAAGCAAGCCUAUGUUAAGACAUCAUGUCAAAGCAAGACUAAGUUGACUAAUCAUGUUAAAGCAAGACUAAGUUAACUUGUCAUGUUUAAGCGAGACUGUGUUUUCUCCUUCAUGUUACAGCAAUACUAUGUUGACAUGAUUAUAUUACUUUGUUGUUCUAAAGAAACUUUGCUAUUUUACAGUAAGACUAUGUUUACUUUUAUGCUAGAGCAAGACUAUGUUAUAGAUGAAUUGUACUUUAAUUGAAUAUCUUAGUUAUAACGAACUGUAAUCUUGUUAAACUAACUAAGUGAAGACAAUAUUAUGAAGAAGUAACUUAAAAACUUUCUUUUAAAAUAGUGUGAACUGUCUGUGUGCAUGUGUUUUGUUAGAGAUUAUAAUAUGAUAUAUUGUUGUACAAAGUUUAUUUUAUCUUUGUUUCUUUUGUUACAGUCUAUGAAAUGUAGAUAUAAUUCAACCAUGUGCAAUGAACAUAACUGAUGCAUUGUCAGUCAUCGUGUUGGUGUUAUGAGACUAGUUUGAUUGUGACUGAAUCUUAAACAAUGUUUAUGUUUAAAUAGUUAAUUUAAUAGUUUUAGGCUCUUAACACAUUACUAACUGGUGUUGUUAAAUAGAAUUUGAUGACGUGUUAAAAAUGACAUCAUAAGUUGAAAAGUUACGAUAUGUUUAAAACGUUCAACAUUUCAUUGAAAGGGUCACAAGCAGUUUACAACUGCACAAUUAAUUCAAAUUUUAUUAUAGGCUUUAAGUUUUUCUGAUAUAUUUUAUUUGGCAAAAAGUAGUUUUAUUGUUAGCUUAAUUUUAGUUAUAUUAUUAUGCAAGGUGUCCUUUUUGCAUUUACUUGAAUAGACUGGUGUUAAGAUUAUUGAAAACAAAAUACAGGCAAGAUUGUGUUUCUUGCUUUUAUUGGAUUUAAAAAAAAAAAUGUUACAAUUAUUAUCCAAUUUUUUAUUUUACCUCUUAGUUUAUGUCAAUAUAUCAACAUGUUUUGACUUCAUAAAAUGUUGGCUACUGCAGUGCCAAAGUGUAAAAAGCUUGUUAAAAUGAGUGCACUCCAUUUUUCAUGCUCAUUAUAUCUGUUUUUCUUUUGAAGCUUGCAAAAAGGCUUUUAAAAUUGAACAAAUACAUUAUUUGAAAGCACAAAAUAAGUUAUAAUACAAAAAAUAGCUAAACUUAAAGUAAUAAUAUCAUUUGGCAAAAAUUAAAAGAAAUAAGGUUGAAAACCCUUUCAGUUUAAUGUCUGUCUUUAAUAAACUAAAUGUUUAUAUGUUACUAAAUGCAAUUCUAUUUCCUGAAUGGCCUUUUCUGUACAGAAAACAUAAGUUUAGAUUUUGAUUUCUAUCACAAUAUUAACUCAUUGUUCAUAUUAGAAGCACCUUCAUAGAAUUUUGGUACUACACAAAUAUAAUGUUGCCUCAUGUCUGUAUUGAAUAAAAGGGAUCAGUCAUCAA